AUGGCUGAGAAAGAGAAGAAGGAUAAGAAAGAGAAGAAAGAGAAGGACGCCAAGGAAGUCAAGGAAAAGAAGGAGAAGAAGGACGAGAAAGAUGACAAAAAGGAAAAGAAGGACAAAAAGGAGAAGCGGCGUGAAGACGGUAUGGAUCUGUGGGCCUCUACCGUUGAUAACACUGGGGUGAUGACAGGGGCGAAUGCCUACGGCGGCCCCAAGGCGCCACAAGACAAGCGUGAGAAGGAGAUGGCCAAAGAGAAGGAGAUCAAGAAGGACGCAGAGACAAAAAAGUUGAUCGGAGUCAACGAUGUGAUCAAUGAAGACCUCAAAAAGAAGCACGAGGCCAAAAAGGAGGAAGCUAGGAAGGAAGCAGAGAAGAACAACAAAGCAAUAAAAGCUGCUCGGAAAGCGCAAGAAAUAAAAGAUGAGACAGAUGACACGUACCAGAUCAUGGAUAAGAGCGGCCUCGGAAAUUUCAUGGAAAAGACCGACGUCAUGGACAUCAUGAAGAACACAGUGAAAACGGCCGUCUCGCAAUCAGGAUCACGAUGUCAGGUGUCAACCAGAACCGUCAUGGACGAGAAGCUCUACACCAAUGGACAAGCCAAGUUCGAGUCCUUGGGCGAUCUGAAGGCUUGUCCUAAGGAGGACUCUUCGGGCUGUGCCAAAGGUGGGAAGUCUUUGUCGCUUUCCCGGGCAGGCUCGGACGCUUUUGAUCUUGUUAUGGACUUUCUGGCCAUCAUCUUUGGCGUUCUUGGCUUGCCAUUUUGGCGAGGAGCAGGUUUGUUGCGGCCAUUCUGGGCUGAAGUGGUCGCGACUCGGUCUGCCCGACCUCCGCAAAAUUGGCAUCGACCUCCAUGUCUGGGGUGCGGCUUGAUUGCCGUGAGUGCAUACAUGAAGGCUUUCAACUUUUUGUGGCGUCUGAAGAAAUUGGCCACGUGCACGGUGCACGUGAAUUAUAGUCAUAGAGCAGUGUUUCUUGCCCAAGCCGUUUCUUCAACUUCACGCAUCUGCCCGGGCAAGAACGUCGAACUUCUUCUACGCGCCUGGAAGUUCUAUUUUAACCUGCGUAUGCAUGCGUCCCCCGGGAUUGGCAUGAACACCGCUGUCGAUGAUGUAACAUCACGCGAUGUGACAUCUGGCGUCACCGCGAACUGGAGAUGUGGGAUAUUGUGGGAUGACCCGAUGUUUUCCUCGCCCAUGGUGCUGGGUAAUGAUUUCAAUCUGCCUGAGUUCUCUGAGGAUAUAGCGCCGAUACAUGAGGUCAAGAAGAAGGUUUACCGUGAUCCAGACAACCGAAACAUUGAAGUCCCAAAGCCGCCUCCUGGCCUUCAAACAUGUCUCGUGUUCGUCCUGCCGGACUUUCACGCGGACCUGUAUGGAGAGGAGAGGCUGUCAGAAGAGGAGCUCCAAGAGAAGGAGCGCGCGGACGCUGCAGCCAGGCGUGCUGGGAAGUCUACUGCAUCCAGCUCAACCAAGGAGACAGUGUCCAAGGCAGAUGAGCUGGAGGCAAUUCUGAAGAAGGUGGAAGCAGGAGAAAAGCUGUCGAACAAGGAGAAAAGGGCUUAUGAAAAGCACCAGGAGAAGAAUGUCGUUUACAAGAAUGAGGAUGAUGAACCUGUCGGAGGAAUGAGCGCCUUCAGCAUCAUCCUGGAGGGUGGGAAGAAUGAGCCGCCUCCUUCUGGCGACGCUUUCGUCUGCAACAACUUUACGCUGUCCGCUCCGAAGCAGACUCUGUUCGACAAUGCGAGCAUCACCAUUGUGCAGGGACACCGCUACGGCAUCCUUGGGCCAAAUGGCCAGGGCAAGACUACACUGCUGCGACACAUCGCGGCACGUGAGAUGCCGGUGCCGGUGAAUUGGGAUGUGAUCUUGGUGGAACAGGAAGCAAAAGCAACGGAACGAUCUGCUGUUGAAGAAGUUCUAGCAGCAGACGUGAGGGCGGCGCAGCUCAUACAAGCAGAGGAGGAGCUCCUCCAGAAGCUGGAGGACAUGGAGCAAGCCAUGGAGAAAGGAGAGGAGGUUUCAGGUGAUGAAGUGGAAAGGAUGCGCUCUGAGCUUGAAAACACCUCAGCAGAGCUUGAGGCCAUUGGUGCAGACUCGGCAGAAGCCAGAGUGCGGAAAAUUCUAUGUGGUUUGGGGUUUACCAACGGCCAUCCAGACGAAGACCGCUUUUCAAUGGACAGGCCCGUUGUGCAGUUUUCCGGAGGAUGGCGAAUGAGAAUAAGUCUUGCGAAGGCGCUGUUCUUGCAGCCGAAGCUUCUCAUGUUAGAUGAGCCAACGAAUCACUUGGAUUUGGACGCGGUUUUGUGGCUGGACACCUACUUGUCCGAGCAUUAUCCCCACUCUGUGGUUGUUGUAUCGCAUGAUGCUGACUUCCUCGACAGCAUUUGUACAGACAUUUUGCAUCUGGAGGACAGAAAGCUGGUGCAUUAUCGUGGCGACUAUACAGCUUUCAAGAAGAUGCACCUGCAGAAGCGGACGACAUUGGACAAAGAGUACAAGAAACAACAGGAUGAGCUCAAGGCUUUGAAAAAGAAAGGAAAGACAAAGGAUGAGGCUGAAGCCCUGGUUAAAGCCAAGUUUGGAAUCGACGCCUUGGACGGGCUCAUGGAGAAGCAGAAAGACUACAUCGUGAAGUUUAAGUUCGAAGGCCAUGGAAUGGACAGAACUUUGGGCCUGAAUGUUUCUGAUGUCGCAUUCAGCUACAAUGGAAAAGAGCCUUGGCUGCUUGAAGAAGUCGAGAUUGGUGUGGACUGCGGAUCACGCAUCGCAAUAGUUGGACCGAAUGGAGCUGGAAAGUCUACGCUCCUGAACCUGAUGAUGCAGCAUCUGGAGCCAUGCUCUGGUGACGUAGCAGUUUCAAAAGGGAUUCGCAUCCGUCAAUACCACCAGCACUUCGAAGAGCUCUUGCCUUUAGAUAAGACUGGUGUUGAGUAUCUCACGGAUGAGUUUAACCUUGGUCCACCAGAAAAGGCCCGCUCUGUGCUAGGACAGUUCGGGCUGCCAGGAGCUUCCCACUUCACCAAGAUUGGAAAUCUGUCGGGAGGCCAAAAGGCUCGCGUAGCGUUUGCAGCGCUGAUGCUCAUGAAGCCACACAUAAUUAUUUUAGACGAGCCAACGAAUCACUUGGACAUUGAGUCUGUUGAAGCGUUGACCACGGCCAUCUCCAACUUCAAUGGCGGCUUGGUUCUGGUGAGUCACGACGCCAGACUCAUUACCGAAGUUGACUGCGAGCUUUGGGUGUGCGAGGACGGCGGUUGCUAUCGCUUCGAGAAGGACUUUGAUGGCUACAGGGACAAAGUCCUGCAUCAACUUGAAGAACGUCAGGCUGAAGUGGAGCGGAUGGAGCAGAAACGCCGAGAGGAGAGGGCCAAGAAGCGCGCGAAGCACGUCUCCGACGAGAAGCUCAAGGCCGCCAAAGAGAAGGUCCAAGACAAAGAGAAGGAAGCCAAGUCGAAGGACAGCUAUCGGCUUUCGGGCUUUCAAAUCGUUCAAGAGCGUUUUUUUGGGCGCUUUCCUUGCACAGUUGUUGUUGGCAAGGCCCGAAGGAGGUGUUUUCACAGUUCUCACCCCACCAACAUGUCUUCGCUCUCCGUUGUGUUUGUGUGCUCACGGCAGUGCUCCAGAGCAAGUAUCCCACAGGUCGUAUCCCUGCAGAGUAUCCUGCCAGCCCCCCCCCCCCCCCCUCAUCACAAAAGCUAA